GGAGGGAGAGAGCGAGAUAUAGAGAGAGAAAACGAGGAGAGAACGACGAAAGGAGGAAGGGCGGAAGAACCAAAAAAAAGAUGGCGGAAAGAGGAGAGACGAGCUCGACGGGAGGGAGCGAUGAGACGCAGGAUCCAUUCACGUCGACCAAGAAGAUCUCCAGAAGACCCAAAUAUUCUAGGUUCACCCAACAGGAACUUCCCGCUUGCAAACCAAUUUUGACUCCCGGUUGGGUUAUUACAACUCUUAUUCUCGUCGGUGUGGUCUUCAUCCCAGUUGGUCUCGCCUCUUUGUUUGCCUCUCAAAGAGUUGUAGAAAUCGUGGAUCGAUAUGACAAAGAUUGCAUUCCUCCAAGUUUCAAGGACAAAGCUCUCGGCUACAUUCAAGACGUUACAACUAAUAAGACUUGCUCGAGGAGUCUAAUUGUCCCAAAGCAAAUGAAAAGCCCCAUUUACGUCUACUAUCAGCUGUCUAACUUCUAUCAGAAUCAUCGCCGAUAUGUCAAGAGUAGGAGCGAUGAACAAUUGCGAAGCAACAGAAGUGAGCGGAAAACAACCAAUUGUGAGCCCGAAGCAUUAGUGGGAGAGGAUCAGCCAAUCGUUCCUUGUGGCCUCAUUGCAUGGAGCUUGUUCAAUGACACUUACAAGUUUACGGUGAACGAUGAGCCGCUGGACGUCAACAAGAGUAACAUAGCAUGGGAUAGCGACCGAAAGCAUAAGUUCGGAUCUGACGUCUACCCGAAGAAUUUCCAAAGCGGACGUCUAAUCGGCGGUGCAAAACUUGAUUCAAGCGUCCCUUUGAGUGAACAGGAGGAUCUGAUCGUGUGGAUGCGCACGGCAGCAUUGCCGACUUUUAGAAAACUAUAUGGAAGGAUAGAGUCCAACCUCGAAGCAGAUAACAAGAUCACGGUCACGAUACAGAAUAAUUACAACACCUACGAUUUCGGGGGCAAGAAGCACUUGGUGCUAUCGACCACCAGUUGGAUGGGUGGGAAGAAUGACUUCCUGGGAGUGGCAUAUUUGGCUGUUGGAGGGAUUUGCUUGUUCUUGGCAAUAGCCUUCAUAAUUGUCUAUGUGCUCAAGCCAAGGCCUCUUGGAGAUCCAUCUUACCUAUCAUGGAAUAGGAAUCCAGCAGGACACUUGAACUAGUGCCUAAGUUUCAAAUCUGGAAUGCCAUGUUUCGAAGGAUUCAUGUCAUGUAUGGUACUUUGGUUUUGUGACAUUUAAUACUCUACUAUACAGUUGAGUCAUUGUAAAGGGAGACUUCAUCUUUUGUAGCUUACUAAAGCUCGGGAUGAAUUCAGA